UUUUUGAAGAAGAAAGAGUACUACGAAACCAAUCAAUGAUAACAUGGCAAGGGAGUAAAGAAAAAAAGGAGGUGUCUUUAGCUUUAGCUAUUGCGGCGGCGCACAGCUUGGCUCGCGUUGCAAGCAACGAUAAGCUGUCUUUUCUGUUUUAUCUUUUGGGAGCCAUCACCAUGAUACUGCUUCGUGAUGAUAAUCAGAGGAAAGGUAGUGUUAGUCUGAACCCGUUAUUUCGGAGUGAGUCUUUCGGGCAUUACUACCCUGACGCUGAACACAGCUACACUAUGAUGGAGAAGAGACAACUUUUCUUGAGAAGCUAUCAGUUCUGUCGAAAGAAGAGUCUGAAAGAGAGAGUGAAAGGCUCUUUGGUUCGUGUCAAGAAGGUUCUGUGGCUAAGGCUGCGAUCUGCUAAGAAACUUCCGAGGUUGGUCUUUUCAAGAAUCAGAAUCAAAUGCGGCUUCUAUUACCGCAGGAGAAGGUUUUCGCGUCUUCUCAAUGCCCACAACCGCAAAAUCGACUCUUCCUCUUGUUUCUGGUAGUACCACCAUUAUUCAUCCACUCAUCAGGAAAAAAAGACAAAAAAAAAAGUUUUUAGUUCAUGUUCAUCAUCAUCAGUUUGUACGUGUAGUCUUUUAUCGUGUACUUCCCUGUUGGAAUUUGGGACAAGGAAAUAGAUAUAUUGCACAUAUUGUUUAUUCUUUGUUA